GUAUUACCCAAGGGCAGACUGACCAUUUGGAAACUCUGGCACUGCCCGAGGGCCCCGGGGUCAGUAGGGGGCCCCAUGAGAUGCCCUAGUACCUUUUUCCUAGGCUUUUUUGAUUUUGGGCAAGGACACAGGGGCCCCAUGAUCCCCUAUUGCCCAGGGGCCCCAUGAGUUGUCAGUCCGCCCCUGUGACCAAGUUUCCAAAUGGUCAGUCCGCCCCUGGUAUCAGCAUAUAUAUGACAUCACGGCUGGAGAGUAUUGCUAGAGAGUU